ACAAUAAAGAUUGUUACAAAGUGUCUAUAUACUUCUUUCUUUCUUUUGACACUCUGUAACAAUCUUUAUUGUCUGAUGACGGCAAGAGAACUUGUCGAAAUAUCACAAUAAAAUAAAUUUGAUGAAAGUAUUAAUCAUGUUCUGUGCAGUUUUGUACUUUCUCUACAAUUUAAUUCGAUUUUCAUGAUGAAAAUUUGAAAUUAUUAAGUUACUUGCAAAAAAUCAGCUAAUUUGGACAUUAAAUACAUGAUUCGACGCAGUUUUAUCUCCUCUUUCGAAUGAGAUAUAGUUUAAAAUUAAUGUCCUUGAUUUCAUGUCAAAAUUUCAAAAAUACGGGGGAUAAUACUAUUGAGGAAAAUUUCAAAGGUCUUUGUUCAAAAACUCUAUAAGAUCCAUUGUACGUAAGAGAUACGUAGUACUUAAGAGGCUUAUUCAGAACUCAUCUAAGCUUUUCGUCCCCCAUAGUUUUUCCGAUAGUCCAGGACAUACUGUUUCAAAGGGUCUUUUCCGCUUAAAAAAAUAUUGCUCCAUUCAAAAGUUACAAGAUCUGAAACAUUUUAUUUAAAUAUGAUUUUAUUAGUAGAGUCGCAAUAACGUUUUGAACAGAAUAUCGGAUAGAUGUUAGAUUUUCAUCAUCGGUAGACCGUUGGUCAUUGUAUAUGUACAAACAAUAGUACGGACAAAUAUACCAAUUGCAUAUUUAAAAAUGAGUCAUCUAUUACAAAUACAAGAGGGAAAAUGUCAGUUUUCAAACUCGAUUUAUAACAGAAUUCACAAAAGUUAUUUAUUACAAGCCAUCAUUUUAUGGCAUCCUGGAAUGGCAAAAUUUUUGCAUGAUUCAAAAAGCACAUGAAAUUUUUUAGAUAAGACAUUUGCUUUGAUCUCUGUCGCUAAAAAGACCUUGUAUAGAGUAAACGUAUUUACCACUAAUUCAUCGAAACGUUGGUGCACAAACUUCCUCUGUGAAAAGUUCAUAAAGAAUUUUGCAAACCGAUCUACUUUUUCUGUAAGGAGAUGAAGCCGAUCUAUAUUUUACUAGAACCGCCAUUAAACGAGCUUCAAAAGAACAUAUCGCUUUUGUGCAAUUCCUCCUAUAUCUCCGAAAGAAAGAGGAGUUAAAGUACAUACUGAAAAACCGCUGAUUUUCGCCAUUUUUUUAACCUUCUCUCCUAGUGGUCACAUCGACUUAGACUAUUCAACAACUUUUGAGGAGUUUCACCAUUUUAGUCCCAUGAGUGGUUGUCCUGACAACUUUUUAUUCUAUUUUGCUUUAUUACUGAGAAAAUUCAUUUUUUCUAAAUUAAAAGAAUAAAAGUCGAAAUUCUGCCGGUAAUUCUCAAUUUUCUUCAUCAAGGCUCAACUUCUAAGCAAUAAAAGUAUCAUAUUCGAAAUCAGCGUAAAAGAUCGAAUCAAACGAUAUAUAUUUCGAAAAUUAUUGUUGAUUUCCAUUAUUUGGUGAAAAUCUCAAUAAAGGAUAAAAAGAGGCACAUAAUUCGACUAGUCUUUUUACACUGAUUUUUAAUAUGAUACUUUUAUUGCUUAGAAGGUGAGCCUUGAUGAAGAAAAUUGAGACCUAUCUAGUUUUUCUGUAAAGCGAUGAAGCCGACCUUUUUAUUUAAUUAGAACCGCCAUUAAAUGAGCUUCAAAAGUAUAGAUCGUUUUUUUUUCUAUUCUGGUUUAUUACUGAGAAACUUCAUUUUUCUAAAAUAAAAUCGCAAAAAUCGAAAUUCUGUCGCUAAAUUCUCAAAAUUGUUUAUGAACAUUUUAUAGAGGAAGUCCAAGACGUCCAUACUGGCUUCAGCCUCGAUCAAACACUAUUCUCAUACUCAGGUUUUUUACUACUGAAUCAGGAUAAAAACACUCGAAAAGUUGGGGGGACGCAAAUGAUGAAAAAUUUUAGAAAUUUUUUGAAUCUAAGCCGUUUUUACAAAUUUCACAUCCUUCGAGUUUUUUCAAUUUUUCUCACUUCAAACUUUGUCUAAAAAAGUUAAAAAUCACAUAUUCGUGAUCAGAUCAUCGAAGUUUCUACAAUCAUAUAUAAAUAAACGAAAUGCUAAAUCUGCUCGAAUUUUACAUCUCCGGCACCUGUCAUACGUUUGGUUUUGCAGGAUUUUUCUGAAAAAUGAACUUCUGCAUUUUUACAGAAACGUUCACCAAAACUUUUCAUCGUCGUUUCGGAUUUAUCACCGAAAAAGCCGAUCUGAAUUGGUCAAUUUCAGAUAAUUUAAAAUUUAAAAGUUUUGCAUUUCCAGGUUUUUAGUGCUGUGAGAAAUUGUUGGCUCUUUGAGAACAUAUGAGAGAAACUCAUCAAAACAUUGUCGUCUAACCGCAUGAAUAAAAAAUCUAUGUGUCAACAAUUCCAGGCUUUUACGAGCUUUUUAUAUCGGAGGCAAUGAACGUUUUAUCUGAAAAUAUCACUUUUCUUUCACAACUUCUAAGCCAAUCUCACUUGUGAUUCCUCUGUAACUCUUGAACACACUGUGCAAUGCCAAAGUCUAAUAUUUUAAUCGUAACCUGGUCGUGAUACCUGCUAUCUAUGAUAAAACUAUGAGCUAAUCUGUUGUCAACUCCAUAACCACAACAUCUAUGUGGCUCUUUUGAAACAUAAUGCUACCAUGGUAACCUUUUCGGUCAAACAAAUAUAUCAUCUCUUUCUUUAUUCUUGUUACUUAAGGUGAUGGUGUAAAUGAUGCACCAGCACUUAAAAAAGCAAAUGUUGGCGUUGCUGUGGCUGAAGCAUCGGAUGCUGCAAGAUCUGCAGCUGAUAUUGUAUUAACUGAACCAGGUUUAAGUGUUAUUAUUGAAGCUUUACUUGCUUCACGGCAAAUAUUUCAGCGUAUGAGAAAUUAUGCAAUUUAUACAUGUUCCGUUACAAUACGUGUAGUUGUUGGAUUCGCUAUACUUAUAUUUGCAUUUAAAUUUGAUUUUCCACCAUUCAUGGUUCUUAUCUUGGCUAUUUUAAACGAUGGUACAAUAAUGACAAUAUCAAAAGAUCGUGUAAAACCAUCACCGUAUCCAAAUGAAUGGAAUUUAUUUGAAAUAUUUUUCUCUGCUAUUGUUUAUGGUCUAUAUUUAACUGCAUCAACAGUUGCUUUCUUUGCGAUCAUUGUUAAAACAAAUUUUUUUCAAGAUAAAUUUGGUGUACAACAUUUUGAAAAUCUACCAAAUGGUGGUGGUUAUAAUGAUCGAAUACUUCACUCAAUUAUUUACUUACAAGUAUCAACAAUUAGUCAAGCACUGAUAUUUAUAACACGUUCACGUGGACUAUUUUUUACAGAACGACCAUCGCUAAUUUUAGUUGCAGCUUUUAUGAUUGCACAACUAGUAGCAACAUUCAUUAGUGUUUAUGCUAAUUGGGGUUUUACGGAAAUUAGAGGAUGUGGAUGGCAUUGGGCAGGUAUUGUUUGGAUUUGGAAUAUUAUAUGGUUUUUUCCAUUGGAUGCUGUUAAAUUUGGUAUCCAAGCAUAUUUCGAUCCAAUACGAAAGCGUGCUAUAGAAGAAGUUAUGGAUCGGACACCAUCAACCAAAGAUCAAGUAGAAAGACGUAAAAGUACACUUGGCGGUAGUGCAACACCAUCAGUUCUACCUUCAAGACGACGUUCAACAAUGGUUGGUACUGAUAAAGAAAAGAGACGUGAUACGUUGGCUACAGCUGCUAGUUAUUAUGCACCACAUACACGUUCAUUCUCGGUAGCACAUAAACAUCGAAAUUUUGCACGAAUAUUAAAUAUGGAUGGAGAAGCAGCAAAUCCAGUACAUGCUGAUAAAGAUGGACUUAGACGAUUUUCUAUUGUACAGGUACAUAUUUUCGAGCGUUGCAUGCGGUUCGGCUCCACAAUAACAGCCUAUCUUAACCGAUUGCUACGCACAGGGAGAAUCUAUAAUUCUAAUUCUGUCGUAAAAUUUAGUAUACGGAUGUAAGAUUCGGAAGGAACUGGACCAUUCGAUUCAUUUUCAAUUGAAUGAAGCGAAUUGAAUCGAAAGAAUCGAUGAAAUGAAAUGACUUGAACUGAAUCCAAUCGAAUUGAAAUAUCCAAUAUAUACAUAUAUAUAUAUAUAUGUAGUAUUAAAGUUCGCAUGUUUAUCGAAGUUAUAACUUCAGUAAACAUGCUUACUUCAAUACGACAUAUACAUUAAAAGAAACACCAGUGGUAUUCUUCCAGUAUACUUUUCGGUUAUUAAUUAGAGUUUUUAAGUGACCGAUCAUUGCAGAUGAUCUUAUAAUUCAUAUUUCUUGCGUCGGACAUUCUUCUCGAAAUGAAUAGCAAAUAACUAUCCCAGCUGCUUUUUAAAACCGAAAUUGCUCCAACACUCUCUGUAUCCUCCCAGGCGAAUAAAAAGUAUCGAGUAUUGAACAAUGCUAUCUAGAUAACCCAACGCACUACCCAAUAUACCUAGAUACAAGUAAAAAAAAAGUAUUGAGUAUGGCCCAAUCCUGACUAGGUAAUCCCAAUACAGUAGUCAAUAUAUCUAGAUAACCCAAUACCAUACCCAAUAUAUCUAGCAUGAUAUUGAGCAAUCCUACUAUGAAGUUAUUGGGCAUGGUAUCUAGUGCAUUGGUCUGUUACAUCCUAAUAUAUCGACCUAUGCAUCUCCCAAACGAAUAAAAUGUAUUGAGUAUGGGGCAAUCCUAUCUAGGUAAUCCUAAUACCUAGAUAACCCAAUACCAUACCCAGUAUAUCUGGCUUGCUCAGUAUAUUACUCGAUAUAUCGACAGUCGGAUUAUUCAUCUUUUUGUUUUGCAGCCACACCACCUAUAUAUGAGCGAAUCGUAACUUUUUUGUACAAUUAUCUUUUUCAUUUAGGUUCCUAAUAACUCUGCUUCGGCUGAUUGGAUUUUCAAAAUUUUUUUUUAUUUAGCUCGUAGCUUUGUCACCCAUCG